AUGCGGGUGCGGGUACGGAGCUGGCACGGCGUCGCCUCCUGGCUGUGGGUGGCCAACGACGAGAACUGUGGGAUCUGCCGGAUGGCCUUCAACGGCUGCUGCCCCGAUUGCAAGGUCCCCGGCGACGAUUGCCCGCUGGUAUGGGGACAGUGCUCGCACUGCUUCCACAUGCACUGCAUCCUCAAGUGGCUGAACUCGCAGCAAGUCCAGCAGCACUGCCCCAUGUGCCGCCAGGAGUGGAAGUUCAAGGAGUAACCGCCGGGAUCUGUCGGGGCACCGGGGAGCGGGACCGGGACCGUUUCCUGUUGCCCCAGGCUACGCUCCCGGCUGGGCCCCCUUCAAUAAAAGUGCGGCCGCCACUUGCUCCUCUCCACCUCCGUGUUCAGAAUCCUGCUUUCGGGAUCGGCGCUCGGCAGAGAGGGGUGCAGUGGAGAACGGCUCCGGCACGUGCGCGAGGACCGGUGUCGGGCGUGCACCGACACUCACGCAGCCCCAUGGU